UAACGACAACCGCCAACUUCUUAGUUUGUGUUGCGUUCGUAAUUAAAUUAGUAGUUCGUUCAUAUUCUUUUGUUUUUAUAAGAAUUAAAUUAUAUUUUGUGCAAGAAAAAAUGGUACAUGCGAUUUUGGAAAAAGCCAGCAAACGUGUCAAUGGUUCUAUGUUGUCUGAAUAUAUAGGACAGCCCGUUUGUUUGCUAGGAGAAGUGAUUCAGGUGGAGCCAAAUGGUAAAGGUUUUAAAGUGAAAGCAAGUGAUAACCAGCUGGUUUGUGUUCAAGGAUCAGCACCUGUUUACGAUAUAGGAGGGAUUGUUGAGGUUCAUGGGAUAGCUUCUCUUAAUAAUACAAUCCAAGGUCAACAUAUAGUUCCUUUUGAGAGGGAUGUUACUGAAAAUUUUGAUCUCAGCUUAUACAAUGAAGCAAUUCUCUUGAUGUCUCGCCAUCGUGAUCAUUAUAUUUCUAUGGCAUGAACUAUACGGAAAUAGUGAUUGAUAAUGUCAUCUAUGAUUUCUUCGGUUGUCGUGCUUCACAUUCAACAUCUGCUAAUUUUCAUUUAAUUUUAGUUUGUGUUUUAUGUGUUAGCUAAUGUUGUAUUUCAUUACGAAAAUGUAUUUGCAAAGGAAAUGAAUUGCACUUUAAAUAAACUUUUGAUUUUGUUGUUUAAA